AGAACUCCUGGCCAGAUCAUGGAGUCUCCUAAUCACACUAACCUGGACCCUUCUCUUUUCUUCCUCCUGGGCAUCCCAGGCCUGGAACAGUUCCACCUGCUGCUCUCACUUCCCGUAUUCUGCCUGGGCACAGCCACAAUUGUGGGCAAUAUAAUCAUCCUGGUUGUUGUUGCCACUGAACCAGCCCUGCACAAGCCUGUGUACCUGUUUUUGUGUAUGCUCUCAACCAUUGACUUGGCUGCCUCCUUCUCUACAGUUCCCAAGCUAUUGGCCAUCCUCUGGUGUGGAGCUGGACACAUCUCUGCCUCUGCCUGCCUGGCACAGAUGUUUUUCAUUCAUGCCUUCUGCAUGAUGGAAUCCACUGUGUUGCUGGCCAUGGCCUUUGACCGCUAUGUGGCCAUUUGCUACCCACUCCGCUAUACCACUAUCCUCACUGACACCAUCAUUGCCCGAGUUGGAGUGGUAGCUAUGGUGCGGGGCUCCAUGCUCAUGCUCCCAUGCCCCUUCCUCAUUGGACGUUUAAGCUUCUGUCAAAGCCAUGUGAUCCCACACACAUACUGUGAGCACAUGGCUGUAGUAAAGCUGGCCUGUGGAGAUACUAGGCCUAACCGUGUAUAUGGACUGACUGCAGCACUGCUGGUCAUUGGGGUUGAUUUGUUCUGUAUUGCUCUCUCCUAUGUCUUCAUUGCACGAGCUGUCUUUCGCCUCUCAUCUCAUGAAGCUCGAUCCAAGGCCCUAGGGACCUGUGGUUCCCAUGUCUGUGUCAUUCUAAUCUCUUACACACCAGCACUCUUCUCCUUUUUUACCCAUCGUUUUGGCCACCAUGUUCCACUCCAUAUUCACAUUCUUUUAGCCAAUGUCUAUCUGCUUUUCCCACCUGCUCUUAAUCCUAUGGUGUAUGGAGUUAAGACCAAAGAGAUUCGAGAGAGGGUUGUCAGGGUAUUUCAAAGGGGGCAGGAAACUGGGGUCAAGGCAUUUGAGUGA